GCGAACACGUGGCUGCCGCGGAGCAAGAGCAGCAAUGGCGGCCGGUGGCGGCGGUGGUAGCUGCGACCCCUUGGCCCCGGCGGGGGUCCCCUGCGCCUUCUCGCCGGACGGUCAGGCCUACUUCGCCUUAGCCUCUAGCGACGGUCACUUGCGGGUGUGGGAGACAGCCAGCAACCGGCUGCACCAGGAGUACGUCCCUUCCGCGCACCUCAGCGGUACCUGCACCUGCCUGGCCUGGGCGCCAGCGCGGCUGCAGGCCAAGGAAAGUCAUCAAAGGAAAAAAAGGAAAUCAGAAGUUAUAGGAACGAGUGACCAGGUUGACUUGUUGGCUCUUGGCACAGCAGUUGGUAGCAUCUUAUUGUAUAGUACAGUAAAAGGAGAAUUGCACAGUAAACUAAUAAGUGGUGGGCAUGAAAACAGAGUCAAUUGCAUACAGUGGCAUCAAGACAAUGACUGCAUAUAUAGUUGUUCAGAUGAUAAGUAUAUUGUGGAGUGGAGCACACAGACAUGCAAAGUGAAGUGCAAAUGGAAAGGAGACAAUAGCAGCGUCAGUUCCCUGUGUAUCAGCCCAGAUGGAAAGAUGUUACUUUCAGCUGGUCGAACAAUCAAAUUAUGGGUUUUGGAGACCAAAGAAGUCUACAGACAAUUCACAGGGCAUGCGACUCCUGUUUCAUCACUUAGGUUCACGACCAUCAGACCCAACGAGAGCCAGCCUUUUGAUGGGAUUACAGGUCUUUAUUUCUUAUCUGGAGCAGUGCAUGACCGGUUACUUAAUGUUUGGCAGGUCCGGUCAGAAAACAAAGAGAAGAAUGCAGUGAUGUCUUUUACAGUUACAGAUGAACCUGUCUAUAUUGACUUGACUUUGUCAGAAAACAAAGAAGAGCCUGUCAAGUUAGCUGUUGUUUGCAGAGACGGCCAAGUCCAUCUUUUUGAACACAUAUUAAAUGGACACUGCAAAAAGCCUUUGACUUCAAGUUGCACAAUUCAGAUCGCAACACCUGGAAAGGGCAAGAAAUCAACACCAAAACCCAUCCCUAUUCUAGCAGCUGGCUUUUGCUUAGACAAAACAUCCUUAUUCCUUGUAUAUGGCAGCUGGUUUCAGCCUACCAUUGAGCGAGUGGCUUUGAACUCCAAAGAUACUCAUAUAUGUUUGGAAAGAGACACUUCAAAUUGCUGGGCUCCAACAGUAGAAACUGCUAUAACCAAGGUGAAAACACCAGUGAUGAGUUCUGAAGCAAAAGUUCUGGUGCCUGGGAUUCCUGGACAUCAGGCACCGAUCAAGCCUCCACCCUCACAGCCCAUGGAGGUGGAGAACAAGAGGAAAUUGGGCAGCAAUGAGGCUAGCAUCGAGGAGCGCCUUGGCGCCAUGGAUCUAGACAGAAAAGGAAGGAAGGACGACCUUCUGCAGACAAACAGCUUUCCGGUUCUUCUCACGCAGGGCCUAGAAAGCAAUGAUUUUGAAAUGUUAAACAAAGUGCUUCAAACUAAGAAUGUAAACCUAAUAAAGAAGACUGUGCUAAGGAUGCCCUUGCAUGCUGUUAUCCCAUUGUUGCAAGAGCUUACAAAGAGGUUGCAAGGACAUCCCAAUAGUGCUGUUUUAAUGGUUCAGUGGCUGAAAUGUGUGCUGACAAUUCAUGCAUCGUACCUAUCCACGUUGCCUGACCUGGUACACCAGCUGGGGACCCUCUACCAGCUAAUGGAAAGCAGAGUCAAAACUUUCCAGAAACUCUCACACCUGCACGGGAAGCUCAUUCUUCUCAUCACACAAGUAACAGCAUCAGAAAAAACAAAGAAAAUGCCUUCUCCUGGACAGAAAGCAAAAUUGGUGUAUGAAGAAGAAUCUUCUGAAGAGGAGUCUGAUGAUGAAAUUGCAGAAAAGGAUUCUGAUGAUAAUUGGGAUGAAGAUGAAGAGAAAGACAGUGAAAAAGAUGAGGUUAUUGACGAUGACAAUGAGGAGGAGGAGGAGGAUGCCGAAGACAAAGAAGAGAAUGGGGAGGACAGAGACGUGUCAAGUGAAAAGGAAUUAAAUGGAGAUUCUGAUUUAGAUCCUGAAAAUGAGAGUGAAGAAGAGUGAAGACAGAAGCCGCUAGCCACACUGAACCCUGGCGCGCCUCGCCCAGUGCCACCGCCUCCUCCCAGGGAGGCUUGCCCUGUGCCAGGAGACAAGAGGCUGCCACAUGCUUCCAAGUUCACACCUCCUUCCUGUCCUGAGUGCCCCAGACUCUUAACUGUGUAAAUAAGAGUGUUUCAUUCAAAUGUUAAUAAACUUUACACAGUAAACAGACAGACUUGCUGCAAUGUACUGACAUGAGUGUCCAAUACAUGGUAUAUUUUUAUAAUAUAGUCCUCGAGUAUGAU